AUGGACUGGUAUCCCACGCCACCAGAUCUCACUCCCGACCCCGACCCCAAGACACCCGGUGCAGCAGCCGUCGCAGCCGCGUACAGCCGCAUGCCGUCGCUUCCCGCGCUCCCUACGCCGCCAGCGAGGCCCGACGACGACGGCGAGUCAGCCCUGCGGCCCCGCUCGCGCCGCAGCAGCUCGCACUCGUCGAGCCCGUACCCCCUGCUCACGCCCGAUCUCGACGUGACGCAGCACAUGUCCUUCUCGCUCGCCGCGGACAACAGUGACCGCGGCGACGACGAGUCCACCUCGCCCGCAGACGAAGUCAAGGUGCCAGCUUCGCAGCCGAUCGCCAUCGCCGCCGCCGCCGGACGUGCGCGCCAGCAGCCUGUGCCGUUAUCGCCAGCGGCGGCUGUGGUGAAGCGUUCGACAGCCCCCGCAGCCCUCGUCCUCGGGCAGCAGGACGUCACGUUCGACACUUACGUCCCGCCACUGACAUCGACCCCGACGACAGAGCUCGGCCAGUUCGAGUACCCCGUCACGUCUUCGGCGGCGACCUCACCCACGGCGCCGACAGCGGCAGCAACAGUCAGCAGAAGCCCGCCCGCGUCGGCGCCGCACCACCACAAGGCGUUCGCGUCGGUCGUGUCUGCGCGCGCCGUGUCGACGUCGACCGCCUUUCAUCCGCGUCCGCCGCCGCUCGGCCGGCGCGGGUCCAUUGCCAGCGGCCAGAUCUCUCGCUUGGCCGCUGGGCUUCCGGGACCCGACAGGCCCGAGCAGCAGAGCCGCGAAGCCGUCCUCCGCCGGCCGCAGCCAGUGGCGACGGGAUCGACGCCGGCGCUCCCGACGCUGUCCCUCUCGCCGAGCCUGCGCCCGGUCAGCGUGCCAGCGACCUCAGCAACCGCGCUGCUGCAGCAGCCUGCGUCGCCGCGCUUCUCGGGCCAAGUGUAUCUUCCGCCAGCGCCAGCGCAGCCCCGCCGUGGCGGGCCGAUAGCGUUCGCGCACGCGCCGCUGCCGGCGCCCAUCCCGCCCUCGCUCCUCGCCCGCAGAGGCUCAGUGCCCCACAACUCGCUGCUCGGCCUCCUGCCCCCGCCGGGCGGGUGGGCCACGAGCCCCCACUACACGGGCAGCAGCGCCGCGGUGGCGCAGUCGCGCCGCCGCCUGAGCGGCCGCGACGAGUUCCGGCCAAAGGUCACCCCGCCGAGUCUUGUCCUCCCCGCGUCGGUCGGGCCCAACGUUGCGGUCGUCGCGGACGACGAGGACGACGGCGCCCAGCUGCCGACCCCCACGGCUGUGUCGACCGCGUCCGUCGUGUCAGACGACACGGCCGCCGCCCCGCCCCACUGA